GUGUUUUUUUCAGACCCUAUAAUUGUAAACCGCUUGUAAUCAUUUGUAAAUGCCUGAGGUGGAAAUCUUAAUUUUUGAAGAGUGUUACUAACAUGUCUCGUGAACCUAGUAGAAAAGGUUAUUUCAGCCGUGACCCACGAAAUCGCGCAAUCGACCGCGAUAGAGAGCGUGAUAGGGACUGGAAUCGUCCUCCGGACUACAGAAGUCGUCUGCCUAUGCCUCGGAAAAGCCGGAGCCCUGUAAGGAACGACAUUGAUAAACGUAGAAGCCGUUCUCCCCCGCGCAAAACUGACAAGGAUUUAAUAGACGAGAACAUUUUAAGUGAGAUAUCAAAACUACCUGAACCUAGCGAGCUUUGGGAUAAUCAGUUUCAGGAAGGCGGCUUUUCCGGUGCUCCGCCGCCGCCGCAGUUCCAACCGGAGGCUGUGAACCCAAAUUACAAUACCAACUACCAGCCAUCGUACUCGGGUAUCUACGAUGACUUCCCACCGCUAUCCUCAGUGCCCCCUGCCCCGCUGCCUCCAGACAUGGCUGUAUGGAACCAAAUGUCACUGCCACCACCGCCUAACACGGCGCCCCCACCGCCCAUCCUCUCUUCAGAAGACCAGCUCAAAAAAGAAGCUGCGAUAGAGUCAGAAAUGCGCCACCAGAAGGCCGCUCUAUCGAAGCAGCGCGAAGACUACAUGAAGAAAGCAGGCAUCUUGAAAAAAGAACUGGACACAUUGAAAGACCAACGUAAUGAACUUCGUGGUGAUGCUAAGAGAUCUCCGAGUCCCGAUACUAAGAGAUUCUUGAAGGAGAACACAAAGUUACAGUUGGAGAUACAGAAUAAGUUGAAGACCAUCAACAACGUGGUUGACAUGCUGAAUGGGAUUAUCGGCGAGGAGGCUCAGGAGAUACCUCCGCUGGAGGUCGACUUAGAUGAUGAACGCAGAUCUAAGAGAAAAUCCAGGUCGCCGUCAUUGGGUCAGAAGUUCAACUACGUGUACUACGAUCCCGAAAUGCAUUGGUGCCGAGUAUGCAAUGAAUUUCCCCCCACUGCUAAGGAUUACUUGAACCAUCUGCACUCGCCUGCGCAUCAUAAAAUGGCUGCGGCCCACAUGGAAGCGCCAUGGCACACCGUAACAGGAAUGAACGAAGGAUUUCCUUCUUAUCCUUCCGCACCUACGAAACGGACUCCCAUCAAAGGAUUACAAUUCUUCGUGCCUUCUACGGCAUGGUACUGCAAGCUGUGCGACCAGUUCAUCGGCGACCUUCAUUGCGCAUCAGCCCAUCUUAAGUCCAUCACGCAUUCCAAGAACUACACGAACUUUGUGGAACAAAACCCACAUUGGGAAACAGACUGGAUGUCAGAUCGCCAAAAGGCAUUCGAGAAAGUUCGCGCCUCCAAAGGAAAGGCUGAAGACAAACAACCACAAUAUACCGCUCAUACAAUAACAUUCAAUAAAGAUGGUUUCCACACGAAACGCAAAGAGAGCCCCCCACCUACACCUGACGCAAAAAAGAAGAAGAAAGAUAAAAAGAAGAAAAACAAGAGGAAGAGAUCCAGUAGCAGCAGUUCUAGCAGUAAUUCUACCAGCUCUGAUAGUGAGCCUGCUAAGAAGAAGAAGAAAAGAAAGGAGAAAAGUCGAGCUGACGGCGAUGACAAAACGCUGGCGGAGUGGAUGUCAUCUAUACAUACAGAAAAGUUGAACGAGACCGAUCGUAAGCUACUAGACAGUCUCAAGAAUUUGAAGGGCAGGUUAAAAGACGAGGAGAAGCGCCGUUCGCCAGACCGCGAGACGCGUGAACGUUCCAUUAAUUCGACGCACAAGAGCAGAGAAAACGAAAGGCGUGAGUCCCGCGCUCGCGAAGACCGAGACCGCGACCGAGAACGUGACCGCGACCGCGAACGCGAACGCGACCGUGACCGCGAAAGAGAUAGAGAGCGCGAACGGGACCGCGAUCGUGACAGGGAUCGGCGCGGCGACUCGCGACGGAGGGACGACCACAGCCCCGCAAGGAGUGAACCCAAGAAGCCUGACAUUAAGAAGAUGCCCUUUAUAGGCAAGAUGCCAGUGUACAAACAUCUGGGCAAGAAUUCUAAAGCGGAGGAGCAAAAGAAAGAAGAACAGAAGAAGAAAGAGGACGAAGAAGCGAUGAAAAAGAAACGCGAGGAGAUGGAUGCUGAGAUACAGAAGAAGGUGGCGGAGUUCAAGGAGAAGAUCGCAAAGGCGCAGCUGGAGCGCACGACCAGCGACAUUCCUCCACCAGUAGUCGCGUUACCGACGUCGUUGGGCGGUACGGUACCCGCCACGGUGUCCGCGGCGCUGCCCGCCACGGUGCCUGCGACGCUGCCCUUCCUGCCACCCACCUCUGUAGCCACAGUCACCGCGCCGCCGCCCGCGGCACCACCAAUGACAACGCAACCCACAACUCCAGCGCUUCCCAAAGAUUUUCAAGAAGCCCUGGAUAUCAUAUUCCCUACAGAUGUAAAACCGGACAUGAUGCAGCAAGAUUUAUUCAGCGGACUCCCACCAGGCUUCCCAAUGGGGCUGGGAGGUGUCAUGCCCCCGUUUCCGCCUUUUCUCCAACCGCAGAUGCCUAACAUGCAACAAAUGAUGAUGGGUUUCGACUUGAACACACCACUAUUCCAGCCCCGACCGCAGCUCUACGACACUCACGUGCCCCUGGUACCUAGCCCGAAACCUAGAAACAAGAAUCGACCUAAUCAAAAGGACAAAAAUUUUAAUAAUAACAAGAAUCAAAAUCAGAAGAAUAGUCAACAAAAUAACCAGCAAAAUAAGCAGCAGAAUAAUCAAAAUCAAAAUAAACAACAGGGGUUAAAGGAAAAUGGCGCUGCUACUGCUAGAAAGAAGGAGGAGCUGGACGAUUUAGCUAUGUUGGGUAUUGAUGCGUCGGAUGUCGCGGGCAUGUGAGAUCGGCGUAAAGUGGUUAAAGACAGGGUAAGAAAAAUGUGACACAAAUUAGGCAAGUUAGCCAAGAAUAUUGGUUCUAAAAUUUAAUAUAGUGCUGGCCAUUGGUUAUAGUUAGUGAAUAAUCAAUAGAACAUAGUAAGAAGAAUACUAAUUAUGUUAUUACCUGCAUAGUAAUACUAAAAUUAUAUAAAAUUAAGUUAGAAUGUGGCCUUUUGUGUAUAUAUUUGUAUUAUACAAAUAGAACUUACUUUUUUAAGACUAAUUUCAUUAGUCAUAGGUUGCAAUCGGUAUGACUGUCAGGUUUCUCCCAAUAUUUCAGAGCGGUUGCAAACUCUGUUUUCGCGGUUAGAAGAAAAAGACAAACCGUGGUAUGAUACCCGUACCUACAUAGUAAUAAUGACGCAGAUAGAACUUGUUUAAUCUAAUAAUAGAUGUAUUGUAAACUUGUCGUUAAAUAAACGUAUUCUUGGUUCACUUGUCAUGGUGUACCUUCAAUCAAGGUUGAUAAAAUUGUAAGUAGGUAGUUAGUAAUUACAGACUUAACACAUACUAUUGAAUCACCUGACGUAUCGCACUAAUAUUGCAAUAGUGUUGUAACUCAAAAUAUGUGAAUUUCAGGAUUAAAUCAUUGCUGAAACCAAAAUUUCAUUAUCUACACGUCAAUAAAGCCGUCAAUAAUAUUGUAAGAAACAAUUAAAAGAUAUCUACGUAACCCAAAAUGAGACAAACUUUAUGUUAGCUACUUCUGGCCAAAACAUACAGUCCUUACUCAAAAAUAUGAAAUUAUUUAAUUUUGUUCCCUUUUAUUUUUAAAAACAAUGGGCCAGUACGAAAUUGUUUAGAUGUAAGUGAUAAAUUUUACCUCAUACAUCAUUUUAAUGAUCUUUCAUAGGAAGUGAGUAUUUUUCAUCGAUUCUGAAAAAAUACACAUUUUGAGUUAAUACACUAUUGUAUUAACAGUGCGAUAUUAUGUUAAUUAUUGUUGUUAAAUAUUUUUACAAAACUUGCAAAGUAUUUGACCAUUGAUUGUUUCUAACACGUGUUAGGGCGCCUUCAAAUUAGCACCACGAUGGCGCUGCAUUCGCGCCACUACUACUUUUUAUACAAUGUUUAAAGUGCAGUUGCGGCGCCACUGUUGUGAUACGCGCUCCACUUUUGUAGUCACAAUUAGUAAAUUAAAAAUUACUGUACGUUUAAUUUGAAGGCCCUUAUAUCUUGUAUUAUAUUCAAGGCUAAAGAAUAAUCAUUAAUCACACAUGGUAUUAUUUGGAAGUGUUCUCAAAACACAACGUUAUUUGUAAUUUCAUAGUCACAUCGCAGUGGGAAUACAUAGUAUUGUCUGUUCUGACAUUUGUGUACAUAAUGGGAUAAUUGAUUAGUGUCGAAUAUUUUAUUUUUAAUAUAAAGUGAUAGUAGUUGGCAUUUGUGAUGCAGUUAAUGUUAUCCGUUGCGCCAAUUGCGAUUCCACCGGACCGGUCACUGGAGGAUAAUGUAUAUCCCAUUUAUAAUUUUUUGAGUCUGUCAAUCGUAAGAUCGCUUUCACAAACAUACAUACACAUCAAAGGUUAAGGGUUAAUUAAAGGUUAGCUGGAAGAAAUCCCUUUAUGGGAUAAGCUCGUCUUUGUACAAUAACGUUCUAUUUCUUUGUUAAAAAUUUGUAAUUUGUUUGUGUUGUACAAUAAAGUGUUUACAUACAUCAUGCCCUUUUCUCUGAGAACGCGCAUUAAACAACACGCAUUCAUUCAGAUGCGCUGGUCGGUUAAGGGUUUUUUCACAAAAAAUUUAUAUAUGCGGUGUGGCCCUAAGAACAAUUACCUAUAGUAGGCAUUGGUUAUUGUUCUUAGUUGUGACCGUUCAUAUGUUUGUUAUUGCUAAUAAUUAUUUUUAAACCGUGAUCCCAUUAAAGAUCCCGCCUAAUGUAUUAGAGUUUAAAUGUGGCUGUAAUGUAUAUUACUAAUCAAUGUCUUUAUUUUUAAAUGAUAGUAAAUAUCAUA